GUUUUCGCGUGUGAUUCAUCCUGUCAACGUACGAUCUUCGGCGGUGACGUCGCAACAGGAUGGGGCGGGCAGCGCGAACUGGCGCGGGGAGAUUCGAUCCCUGACCGCUGGAAGUAACCCGUAAACCUCACCUCAACCAGACCCGUUUGAUUUGUGUAUUUGCCGUGGAGUCAUGUUGUUCCUUUGUGUGGUCCUUCGGAGCGGGAUCGGCGGCUGUUAAACCUUCACCUCCAUACAGGUAGCUAGAUGGAGGCCAUGGAGGUGGACUCCCCCGGGGAGCUGCAGGGAGGAGGUGGCAGACAGCGAGAGGUUGCUGCCGCAGCCGCGGACGCCAACGCACCGCACGUCAUCUCGGACUCCGGCAGCAGCACCGAGGUGGACGAGGACGACGAGGACGACAACGAGAGAGGGCCAACGGCGGCUCGUGCGCCUCCGAGGCUUCCUGCCACCUGGGCGUUCAGUCAGAGAGCGGUGAGCGGCUCCGCAGCUUCGCCUUCAGCCGCUCACGGCACACCAAUGCGGAGGAGGAUCAGGCAGGGCCUCCGGGUGCAUUACCCCAGCCAGACUGCGGCGCCCUCCAGAGGCUUUCCCGACUUCCUGCUCCGAGCGCCGGCCGCCAGCGUGGCUCAGCCAGAGUCCGGCAGCACCACCGAAGUCAGCGAGUCUGACGAGGAGGAGGAGGAGGAAGAGCAGGGGGGCAACCGAGAAGCCACGGCUGCUGCUCCGGAGCCCGUCGUCCUGGCGCCGGCUGCUAGUCCUCGCCGCAACGCCUCCGUCCAACACGCACAACCACAGGAAGCUGGUCCAACCAACUCCGGUUCAGCUGCAGACGGCGAGAGGACAGAAACGUCCAAUCAGAACGUCCAGCUGGUCCCCUCGGCUUCUGCCAAGCCGCCGCAGGCCGAAGAGGGCGAGGGCGACAUCUGCUCCAUCUGCUUCGAGGCGUGGACGACUGCGGGCGAGCACCGGCUGUCCGCUCUGCGCUGCGGACACCUCUUCGGCUUCACCUGCAUCCAGCGCUGGCUGAAGGCUCAGGGCCCGGCCGCCAAGUGUCCACAGUGCAACAAGAAAGCGAAGCGUUCCGACAUCGUUCUGCUGUACGCUCCAAAGCUGAGAGCGCUCGACAACUCCGAGCAGGAGAGCUUAAAGAAGUCUCUGGAGCAGGAACAGUCUCUGAGGAGAAAGGCUGAACUGGAAUCAGCUCAGUACAAACUGAAGCUGCAGGUUGUCACCAACAAAUACGGACAAGCGCAACAAGAGCUGCAGGAGCUGAGGGCUCUGAUGGCUCAGGCUGGCAGAAGCUCAGUCCCGUCCUCCUCCUCCUCCUCUUCCUCCUUUGCGUCCGCCUCGGUCCUCCUCGGCCUGUCCCAGAGGGCGGACGGCUCCAGGAUGGCCCAGUACAGUUUCUCCAAGGCGGUGCUGGUGUCCCAGGCUGGGAGCUGCAGGGUGUUAUCCUACUGCGAACCUCUGAGCUGCCUGCUGGCCUCGCAGCCGUCCCCGCACUCCACUCUGGUGCCCGGUUGUGGGGUGAAGAAGGUGAGCGUGGUCAACAUGAAGGCGAGUCAGUACGUUCCCAUCCACAGUAAACAGAUCCGAGGUCUGUCCUUCAACAGACAGAACGACAGUCUGCUGCUGUCUGCCGCUCUGGACAACACCAUCAAACUCACCAGUCUGCUGACAAACACGGUGGUCCAGACCUAUAACGCAGGUAAGCCCGUGUGGAGCUGCUGCUGGUGUUUAGACAACAGCAACUACGUCUACGCAGGUCUGAGCAACGGCUCGGUGCUCGUCUACGACACCAGAGACACCAGCACGCACGUCCAGGAGCUGCAGCCGCUCCGCUCCAGGUGUCCGGUGGCGUCUCUGUGCUACGUCCCGCGGGCGGCGUCCAGCUCCUUCCCUUGUGGCGGUCUGAUCGCCGGCUCUCUGGAGGGCGGCUGUUUCUGGGAGCAGGUCAACGAGACCACGUACCGGCCGCACGUCCUGCCGCUGGAGAGCGCCGGCUGCACCGACAUCCAGGUGGAGACGGAGAGCCGACACUGUCUGGUCACCUACAGGCCAGGCCGCUCCAACCCGUCCCUGCGCUGCGUCCUGAUGGCGUUGAACAGGACGCCCCAGCAGGACUCCAGUCAGCUGCCCAGCUGCUCCUGCGCUCCGGUGCAGACGUUCAGCGCCGGCUCGUCCUGCAAACUGCUCACCAAGAACGCAGUUUUCAAGAGACCGGACGGAGGCGGGACGCUGGUCUGCGCCGGGGACGAGGCCUCCAGCUCCACCAUGGUGUGGGACGCCGGCAGCGGCUCUCUGCUCCAGAAGCUUCCGGCCGACCUCCCGGUGUUGGACAUAAGCCCGUUCUCGGUGAACGGCGAGCACUUCCUGGCCUCGCUCACCGAGAAGAUGCUGAAGCUCUACAGGUGGGAGUGAACGGGACUGACUUCACAAACUUAGGAAAUACAACAACAACAAAAAAAAAUACACAAACUCAGUCCCAGAGCGCGAGGAGAUGACGCAGUCCGUGUGCAACUGUGGAAAAAUCUAAAAGCUGCUCAACUUUUAUCUGUUUACGUACGCAAAAAAAAAAAAACCCGGAUUGACCCGAGGAAACAUUUAUGGUUUAUUCUUCUUUAAAAAAAAAAAAAAAAACCUCUACGUUACUGAACAUUUGGUGACCGUUGGCCCGCAAAGAAAGCAAAAUGAAGCCGGCGGUGUGUGAUAUCUGGACAGAUUGAGAGAAAAGUUUCUCCCUUGAAGCCGGAAGAUUGUGUUUACAUGAGUCGCAUUAUAAACGUAUAAGAGUCCUUUUCAUGUUCGGAUCUUCUUGUUCUCAGCUGCUAAAAAAGUAGAGACACUGAAGGCUCGGCUGAGUUAACAGAAGGUGGUUUUCUCUCCUGUUUUUUUUAAGUCUGACUGAGGUGUGUGUGUGUGUGUGUGUGUGUGUGUGU